UUUGAUUCGGGUUGGAUCGGUUUAAGAAAUACAAACAGCAAACCAAAUCAAACCAAUCGGUUUGUGAAAAAAAUCAUCCAAAUACGAAGUGAAACAAUUGAUUAAUAUAAGGUAGAAGCUAGCUUAGCUUCAGCAUCAUAGCUGACAUCGAUGGAGUUGCAAGAUUUGCCAGAAGGAUGCAUUGCAAAAAUACUGUCAUACACCACACCUGUGGAUGCAUGCAGGCUCUCAGUUUCCAUAGCCUUUCGUUCUGCAGCUAAAUCAGACACUGUGUGGGAUUGUUUUCUCCUCUCUGAUUUCACCUCCUUCAUUCCUCCUUCCUCUACAUCUAAGAAUGAUCUCUAUUUCACUCUCUCGGACCUCCCCACCAUCAUGGAUCAGGGUAGAAAGAGUGUUCAAUUGGCAAAAGGACCGGGAAGAAGUGUUACAUGCUUUCCGCUAGAAAUCUGGCCAUUAUAUGGGGUGAUACUGUUCGACAUUGGGAGUGGACAAGCCUGCCAGAGUCCAACCAGGUUCCAAGAAGUUGCUAUGCUUCGGGCUGUGUGCUGGUUUGACAUUAGUGGGAGCAUAAACACUCUUACCUUGUCCUCAAAUACUCAUUAUUCAGCUUCACUAGUGUUCAAGAUGAUCAAUCCCAGUGGAUUUCACUACCAUCCCACGGUGUUAUCAGUUGGCAUUUUUGGAGGCAAUAGCAAUACCAAAUAUGUUUGUUUGGACCCCAACUUAAAAGGUAAUCAUCGCUUCCAAGAACUACAAUGUCCUAAAGUGAGAAGUGAUGGGUGGUUGGAGAUUUAGAUGGGGGAGUUCUUUAAUUCUUGCAAAUCAAAGUAAUGGAGACAACAAGUCAUAUAUGGAAGUGUGGUUUCAUUCUUGAAGGAAUAGAAAUUAGGCCUAAAAAUGUCUGAUAUGUGAAACAAAACAAGUGCUUAGGCCUAACCAUGAUGGAAGAAGGAUAUUUGCUAGAGUGCAGAAUCAAACUAGAAACAAUAUAGAAUUGUCUUCAUAGAAAUUUAGUCUCAUUUCAUAAAAAGUAAUUUUAAAAUUCUAAAAAAAAUGGAGUGCUUCAAAUAAAACUAGUGAAGUCACCAAGAGGUUAAUGUCACUCAUUACCAAAAAGACAUUUGCUAUAUCUA